CGCAGUGCAGAUUGAUGACACGCUGGGACGAAAAGCAUGGCGGACGACAGCCGGGAAAACGUGAAGGAACACGCAGAAGUGGUUCUUGAAGGUUCUAGUAAUGAUGAUAACGAACAGCUUAAUAACGGAGAAAACGGGGAGGCUCUAAAGACUUUCAAGGAUUUGGGUGUUACUGAGGUGCUCUGUGAAGCUUGUGAUCAGCUGGGAUGGAAGAGCCCAACAAAGAUUCAGGUGGAAGCCAUACCAGUCGCUCUGCAAGGCAAAGAUGUUAUUGGCCUGGCAGAGACUGGUUCAGGAAAGACCGGUGCUUUUGCUCUCCCCAUCCUCCAGUCACUUCUGGCUACACCUCAGAGGCUUCAUACGCUCGUCCUCACCCCCACCAGAGAGUUGGCGUUUCAGAUUUCUGAGCAGUUCGAGGCUCUGGGAUCCAGCAUCGGCGUUAAGUGUGCUGUGAUAGUUGGUGGGAUCGAUAUGAUGUCCCAGUCCUUGGUGUUAGCUAAAAAACCACAUGUUGUUAUUGCCACACCUGGUCGGUUAAUUGAUCACAUGGAAAACACAAAGGGCUUCUCCCUCCGAGCGCUAAAGUUCCUGGUCAUGGAUGAAGCAGACAGGAUUCUGAACAUGGACUUUGAGACUGAGGUGGAUAAAAUCUUGAAGGUGAUUCCCAGAGAAAGACACACCUUCUUGUUCUCUGCAACCAUGACCAAAAAGGUCCAGAAACUGCAGAGAGCUGCUCUGAAAGAUCCUGUAAAGUGCGCAGUCUCAACUAAAUACUCUACAGUCGACAAGCUGCAGCAGUAUUACAUCUUCAUACCAUCCAAGUACAAGGACUGUUACUUGGUGUCCAUCCUGAAUGAGCUGGCCGGAAACUCUUUCAUCAUCUUCUGCAGCACAUGCAACAAUGCCCAGCGGGUGGCGCUGUUGCUUAGGAACCUGGGCAUCACUGCCAUCCCACUUCAUGGACAGAUGAGCCAGAAUAAACGUCUUGGAGCUCUAAACAAGUUCAAAUCCAAGUCUCGGUCUGUGCUGCUGGCGACCGACGUGGCCUCCAGAGGACUGGACAUCCCUCAUGUUGACUGUGUCAUCAAUUACGACAUCCCCACUCACUCAAAGGAUUACAUUCAUCGAGUUGGCCGAACAGCCAGAGCCGGGAGGUCUGGGAAAUCUAUCACAUUUGUCACACAGUAUGAUGUGGAGCUUUUCCAGCGAAUCGAAAGCUUGAUUGGGAAGAAACUUCCAGCUUUUCCUACUCAAGAGGAGGAAGUAAUGAUGCUGGUGGAGAGGGUGAGCGAGGCGCAGAGAUUUGCCAGGCUGGAAAUGAAGGAAGAAGGUGAAAAAAGGAAGAGGCCGAAAGGAAGAGAUGGAGAUGAAGAUGACACAGAACAAGCAAGUGGAGUGAGGAAGAAAGUUAAAGGAGGAUCAGGAGGAGGAGGAGGGAAGAAGAGGGGUGGAGGAGCUUGGAGAGGAGGACGGUGAAGAAAUCCACCACUAAUAGAAAUGUACAUAACCACAACACACAAUGCCUUUCCUGUUUUUGAUGUAAAACUUUAGUAACAUGACAGCUUGUUUUCCACUCUUCAAUAUAGAGCCUAACAACUAUUUAAUUACAGAAAAAAGUGCUUUUUUUCCCCAACAUGUAAAAGUUGUUUCCAUUUUAAAUAAAACUAAAGUGUAAA